CGCAGUUGUCUGCCGAUGCCACUUCUAACUUCACCCUUUUCGCUCCUCAGUGUCUCACCUCCGCUUCCCUCUCCAAUUUGUUCGGCACAUACCUGCACGAGCGUGAAUCGUCAUGCCGAAAGAGGCACCACGCAGGGCUGUCAGGUCUUGUGCCUUGGACUGGACGGACGUGGCCUCGCAGAAGCAGUCGAGGCUCAUGGCUCUGCCCGCUGAGGUUCGCAUCAAGAUAUGGACGCGUUUCUUUUCCCACGUGGCACGCCCGCGCUUGCGGUACGCCGUCGACUUUGAAUGGGCCCUUGACACGGACUCGCAUUUCGACAUUGCCUGGCUCUACGCCAGCAAGCGGCUCUACCUGGACGCCUGGCCCGUCUUCCUGGCGCAGGUGCGUCUCGACGUGGUGUACAUAGGCCACUCGCCGACGCAAUUGGCUGUUUUGCCCCCUCCCAUCCUUCGAAGAGAGCUUCGCGAGAUAUGCUUCCACUGCCCCGUGUCGGUUAUGGAAGAGCGACCACCGAGGCGGCCAUUCCCUUUCCACAGGUACCCGCGCUUGCGCAACUUUCACAUCGCUAGCAACAUCUUGGUUCUUCUGGAUAGAUUCCGGUGUAAAGAUAGCAAUGGCCCCAUGACUGUGGACAUGUAUCGAGCCCUUUCGCCCCCGGAAAGGCUGGCCGCAUGGAAAGACGCAGGUCUACCGUCCGUGGACGAGAUCAUAGAGCACAUGACCAGCAUGGGCAAAGGCGGCUGGCUAAGCCGCGUCGUAGAUCCAAAGACCUUUACGCGCCCGCUCGUCCUCACGCAAGACUCCUCGGAUGAUGAUGAUGAUGAUGGGGAGGACGGCAACGAGGAGUGGCAGGGGUGGACAGAGCCACAAUAUUCGGAGGACGAGCAAGAAGAGAAGGGCUUGUUCUAUCGGGCCCGCCGCUCGGCGGAGUGGUUGGAGGCCAAAGAGGCCAGGGACCUGGAGGCGUUUCGAAAGGUUGCGAAGCAGAUGCACACCUUGGUGGAGGCGGAACUCACCCUCUUCGAACGGAACGUCUACCCCAUGCCGGACGAUACGCUGGAUACACUCUUCGUUCUUGUAGACACGAGGACGCGAAAGAUUAUGGAAAUGAGGAUGUUGGAUGCAGAAGAGAUCGAGGAGAGGGCUCGGUGGGCUGCGCAAGCGUAAUCUAUGGAAUGGGCAUGGGCAGUAAUGGAAUUGACCUUCGUUCUGCUUGCCGACCGAGUACGCUAAAGCAAGCACAAUCGGCGAGACGAAGCGAAAUGGGUUUCUUCCUCGUGACCAAACAUCUUCUGCUGCUAUGACGUGUCAGAGAUAUCCUAGUGCUUUCUCAGUCUGUUUGUUGCUUUGGUCCGCUUCUGGAAGCUCGUCCUUUGAUUCUCAAUCGGAGAAUUCAUCUCUAAAUAUUACGGGUUGCAUUCAUAUUAUGACCAGACGGCGUCUUUAUUAGGACAGUUGUGGAUUGGUGAGCUGGGACAGUUUUCCUAGGAUGUAUAUAUUGGGCUACCAUGAGCUACCCUACACCGCCCUACCCUGGACAAACUAACUAGUCUAGCGCAUCAAUGACUGCCUCACCCCCGCACGCUCAAUCAAUGAUGAUGUGUGAUGCGCUGUGGAGAAGGUUGUUCAAGUGC